UCUCUCAUGAAAGAGAUUUAACAAAACUAUCUCAGAAACUUCAACUUGGGUAUCCUUUUCUCUCAACCCAGGACAAUGGCGGUGCCUUGGACCCUCAACACAAUGUCAUCACACCACUAUACUACUACUCCAAGCUAGCUUUAGGCACCAUGCUGCGCUUCCUUUUUCUGAUGAUGACGGCUCUGCUGAUGGCAGAUAGGUGCUGGGCCUUUGUGCCUUCUGGUCUCGAAAAGUCGCGACUUGCUCCAGCCAAGGAAGCAGUGCCAAUCCACACCACGACCACGACGGGUGGAACACGAUUGUUUAUGGCUCAAAUUACCGAGAAAGAAGCCCAAGCUGGUAUUGACAAAGUAGUGGCAGCUCUGCGAAAGGACAAACAGGCAAAUGAGGAACUAGGCCGCCUUCAAAGUGUCAACAAUGUUCUAGGAUUUGGAAGCCCGACUCCUGGACAGGUUGCGGUGAGAUUCAAUGCUUCCUUCAAGAGGGGUGGAAUGGGACGAGCAGCAGUUCCACUUCCCUUUGGCCUUGGUCAAACCAACAAGAGCGAAGGGCGAGGCGUUAUGGUGGGGCAAGUCAAAGCCAGUGUCGACUCGAACACUGGAAAAGUCACCAGCUGUUCUGUAUUCAGAGAUCUGGGCUAUGGAAGGGCGUUCAACCUAAAGGUGUGAAUUCCUGGUUUGUAGCUACUAGCAUUGUCAAAGCUCAGCCGAUCCUAAAUAGUGGUUAUAGACUAUGCCUGUACUCUGCAAAAGCCUUUGAGGAUUAUAUGCACCUAGGCAAGCUCGAAUCGCUUGGAGUUUGCACUGUUUUCCUUUUUCUGCUUUGCAUCCUGGGAGUCCAAGACCACUCGCUUCUUGUAAAUACCCGACCGACUGACCUGCCACUUGGUUUUCUUGACAUGCUUGACUGCACGGGUGGUGGCCCACUGUUCUUCCAAUGCCUCCUUGCGACGCUCAACUCUGGUCUUGCGUUCCUUCCGCCCACCUCCACCACCAAACUUCUCGAUGACCGAACUGAAGGCGCUGGAUUGCGAAACCUUCGUUUUCUCCUGAGCUCCCUUCUUGUCUUUCUUCUCUGGAGUAGGUGCUUCCAGAGGCAACGAAGGGAAUCCGUACCGACCCACAGGAGACGAGGCCUUCUGCUUGCUCUUCUUUUCGGUGGGUGAAGGCGUAAAAUCCGAGGGGAGCAAUGGGAAACCGUACUGUCCGACGGGAACAGCGGGAACGGGAGACGGGGCGUCUUGGCGCUGGUCGUUCACUUGGAAGGAAUUUGCUGGAUUAGGUUGUCGUUUCUCAGGACUGUUGUUGAUUGUCAAUGCCGCAGUGACUUCCGUGUCGUUGGAAAACACUUUGCUAAGUUUGGCGUCCACUGCAUCCGGAGCAACCGAGGGCUUGCCGCUGUCCUCACUGGAACACGACAUUUGAUCACGGCUGAAGAAAUCCUGUAGACCACGGCGAGGUUCGGCGGUAUCAGAGUAGGAGAGGGGCUUGGCCCGAUCGUGACAAAUAAGAUCUAGAGCACCUGCUGUCAUCAUCUUGUUGCCAAAAAGGUUGGCAUUGUGCAUGCUGUUGCUGCUUGGAGCCGGGGGCUGACGUUGUUUGGAUGACUUGCCCGUUGUUUUCACCAAGAAACACUCUGAGAGCGAAGGUGGGCGCGGAUUUCCCACACUCAUACUUUCUCGGGCCGCGUGCGAGAGUGUAAGGGGUGAAUCCUCAAAUGUCGUUUCCAAGGUAAAGAGACCUCGGCUGCGGCGUUCUCGUGAACGACGUGCUCUGGCACUGUUGCCUGAGCGACCCUUUCGGGGACCAGAUACCGAUUGGAUGCCACCAAAGUCAUCCUCAUCGUCCUCCUCACAUUCCGUAUCGGACCAGUACCCUUGGAAAGGUGGGAGUGCUUGCUUCUUCAGGUACUCACGGGCGUCGCCGCCUCGCUGGUUCCAUUGGGGCCAAGUGUAAGAUGGAGAAGCAAACGGGUAGUCCUCGCCUUCUUCCGUGUUGCCAUCAUCAUCAGAGCCGGAUGAAGCUUCACUCGAGGCGUCAAAGUCGAUUGGUUCCAAAUCAGACCACUCUGCUGGUACAGCCUUGGGCUCAGGGACGUUUUGGGUUGGCUCUUUGGCGUCCUGAGGAAAGAACGGAUUGUUUUGCUCAUUUUCCAUCUCAAAUGUCUCAUCUUCCUCUUCCACGCUCUCCAGCUUGCUUAUUCCAAUCGAUCCACAAGCAUCGGCUUCCAGAGAAAACGAUGCUGAUGCCAUAGUGACAGCAGACAGCGACAAGCAGAGUUCAUUCUCAAUGACAGGAGCUUCGGCUUCAGGAAGAUCGAAGGACUUCGAAGGCUCCUCAAAUGAAAAAAGCACAUCAUCAUUGGGAGAUUCCACGCUUUCAAUGACCACGGUACUAUCCGCGGCUCGCCCCUCGUUGGUUGGCUCCGUAAAACCCAAGCUCUCGGUGGCGUUUGUUGCGACAAGGAACUGCUUCUCCAUGUCUUGUCGGUAGAUUGGAAGGUCAUCGCUCGACCUUUCCGCGCUGAAGCUACCAACAGCAGGAGAGGCCAAAUCUUGCUCCUCCGUGUCGCCUGUCUCGGCAACCUUUCCAUGGUCAAUUGGCUGGACGGUUUGCACCGGACUCGUGCCGAAGGAGACGACGUCUUCCGAGGGACCCACCGGACUUUUGUUGCUUCCAAUGGCGGGAUCAGGUCGAAGGUUCUCUUGUUGUGAGUUGUUGUCGUCGUCCUGGGUUGCAGGCUGCAGUCCGAAACCAUGAAUACGACCACGAACGGAGACCCGGCCAAUGCUAUGGGGCUUCGGUUUGGUUGGACUUCGACGGCGUUGGAUUUGACCUUGAUCAAAGUGAUCCUUGUUUUUGUUGCCAAAGUUCUUGAGCCACGCUCGGAGUUCGCUCACGGACAUGUUUUCGGGAGGUGUAGUGCUGUUAUCGGUAGGAGACAUCAUCUUGUUUUCUUGCUUGCUGAAGUUUGGAAGAUUGGUUGGAAAGGAUUGCGAAGUUAAGACUUUCGAAGUUAGUUUUUUUGGUUGGUUUGUUGGUGUGCUCGAUUUUGCGAGGCAAAAGUUAUGAGACCUUUGAUCGGCUCCACUCUGGUGCUUUGCUUUGAAGGCUCUGGAGUCUUGUCGAUUUUUGUGAGCCAAAUCAAAGGGAUUUCGAAUGCUCGAGGAGGUUUCGUUUCGUCAAGGUUUGGGAGUAUCCCACGAUCUGACCACCGUGUCGAUUUCCUUCGAUGAGAUUGCCUCUUCGAUACGUAAAUGUACCCGAAGAGAUGUGGAAAUGGCCGCGAUGAUGGGUUGUGGAUAAGAAGGAUGCAUAUAACACGGUCGAAAACCGUGGAGUUGCUACGCUCUUGCAACCAGAAUGUAAGGAGCGCGGUGGCGCUAACAAUAGUGAUUGUGGCUGCUCCUUUCGUCGAGCGAAGCUAAGAAAAUUUCAUACGUUGUCUUCACGAUAAAAUCUGGAGUAUCGAGGCGGAGUGAUCCACAAAGUGGUGAUCGCCUCGAUUUCAGUAUUCAUGUGUCAAACAUAGGCAAACGAAGAUUACUCAAAAGCUCGUGAUCAUUUUCACAAUAACGUAACGAGGGCGAUGCAACGGCCGAUGCAUCGACUCGGUAAUCAAAUUAGUCC